AUGGCCCCUCCGGCCCGGGACGAGUACCAGAUCGGUUGGAUAUGUGCCUUGCAGACUGAGGUCGCCGCAGCCAAGCUGAUAUUGGAUGAGGAUUUCGGGAUCUUGGAUGAGCAAGACAGGGCAGAUACGAAUUCGUACACCUUAGGUAAGGUUGGCAAGCACACUGUGGUGAUUGCUGGCCGUCCUGAUGGGCAGUACGGCACCACUUCCGCCACCACAGUCGCAAUUAACAUGACGCGCACAUUUUCGCAGUCGUUGCGGAUUGGGCUGAUGGUUGGCAUCGGAGGAGGGAUUCCAUCUGCGCACCACGAUGUACGACUGGGAGACAUCGUGAUCAGCCGGCCGGACGGCACUUGUGGUGGAGUGCUCCAAUAUGAUAUGGGGAAAAUUGUGGAAGACGGCAAACUCCAGCGAACUGGCUCUUUGAGUAGUCCACCCCGGUCUCUGCUAACUGCCGUUGCGAAUAUGAAAGCUGCCACAAUGAUCGAUGACCCGACCUAUCCGGACUAUAUCGAAAAGGCGACCAGCAGAAAUGCACGGACUCGGCAAAUUUUUUGUCGGCCCGAUGCGUCCACAGACAGAUUGUUCAAGACUGAGCACAGGCAUCCUACGAAUGCAGCAACGUGUGAGGGCUGUGUGCCAGAGUGGGAAGAACCCAGAGAUACGCGCGAAGAAGCUGGGCCGCAAGUGCACUACGGCAUCAUUGCGUCCGGAAAUGCGGUUGUGAAAGACGGGACGACAAGAGAACGGCUUUGCCGUGAGACCGGAGCAUUGUGUUUUGAAAUGGAGGCGGCCGGCCUAAUGCAGGACUUUCCUUGUAUAGUCGUCCGGGGCAUUUGUGAUUAUGCCGAUUCACACAAGAAUAAGCAGUGGCAAGGGUACGCGGCAUUGGCUGCGGCAUCGUAUGCGAAAGAGCUGCUCAGCUAUGUACCCGCUAGCCAGGUAUCUCAAGAGAAAUUAGCCACAGAGUUACCUAAAAUCGUCGAUGAACUCAAGGAACUCAACAGAGGCGUGGAUUUGGCAUUCCAGCAACGAGAAGACCAUCACCGUGAGAAGGUAAUGAGGGCGUUGACUAAAGAGCAACAAGAGUGCCACCAAGCGUUUAAAUCCUCCGCCUACGAACAACAUAAAAAUAUUAAUCCUAACCGUGUAGACGGGACGUGUCGAUGGAUUCUCGAGAACUCCCAGUAUCUUGAUUGGCAUGCAAAUAGUCAUGAUGAUCUUUUAUGGAUAUCGGCCGACCCGGGAUGUGGAAAAUCGGUUCUUGCGAAAUUGCUUGUUAACAAUAAUCUUAAGACAUCAUCCACUUUAGUUUCCGUUUGCUACUUUUUCUUCAAGGAUAAUGACGAGCAGAACAACCUUGCAAUAGCAUUGUGUGCUGUACUCCAUCAGCUAUUUGGAAUGCAACCGGAUCUCCUACAACAUGCCUUGCCAUGCUGGCAAAGGAACGGUACGAAGAUACAGCAAGAGGUCAACGAACUUUGGCGCAUUUUUAUUGCAGCAAUGUCGGAUUCUGCAUCUUCCAACACUGUGUGCAUUUUCGACGCACUAGACGAGUGUCGACCAUCUGAUCGAGUUCAAUUAAUAGAGAAGCUAGAAAAGUUCUACGCUCAAAAAAUCAGCCUAGUUGUGAGGAUGCGGGUAGCAGAGCUCGGCGAGAGUCUGCGCCUACCGCCGGAGACACAGGAGCGACUGGAAAAGCAACUUCUCCAGAUGGAACAUCGCACAUACCUUUGGCUCUAUCUGGCCAUGGACGAUAUUCGUACUAUGUUCCAAAAUAGCCUUCAGCCCGAGGGAGAAUCAAUUGAGUUGAUCCCCAGCUCCGUCAGUGACGCAUAUGAGAAAAUCUUGAAGCGAGUGCCACCUGGCAAAGUGUCGGAUGUUAAAAUGAUCCUCCAGAUUAUUGUCGGCGCUCGGCGUCCAUUGAGGAUCGAGGAAAUGGCAAUGGCUUUGGGGUUGGCAAAGUCAACCAGUUCGCGAACUGCAGCCAAAGCUUGGUUGAAUCCGGCAGGGCUUAACGAGAAGAUCCGUCAUUUAUGUGGACUCUUUGUUUUUAUCAAUAAUUCUCGUGUCUACUUGAUCCACCAGACUGCAAGAGAGUUUCUGAUUAACAAAAACUUGCCUCAUGACGAUCGGGAGUGGUCCUUCAAACGUGGCGACACGGAGGAAUUAAUGUUAGGAAUCUGUAUUAAUUAUUUGCUACUAGAUGAUAUAGAUGGCAGUCCGCGCCAGGAGAGUGCUCCAAGUUUGCUAGAGUAUUCCGCAGAGUAUUGGCCCGACCAUGUCCGAGGUUUGCCUUCACUUGCAGAGUCAAAAGCGGAGAGUCGGUUAGAUCAACUUUACGAUGUCAGCAGCGCACGGUUUGCUCUGUGGUAUCCCAUAUUCUGGAAAGCAGUGAUGGGAUACAGAGAUAGACCCAAGAUGAAUGCCACCCGUCUUGCUGCCUUUAAUGGACAUGAAGGCGUAAUCCGGAGACUGAUCCUUCGGAAUGGGAGCACGAUCAAUCAGUCAGAUGAAGAUGGAGCAGCUGCAUUGCAUUGGGCAUCCGAACGGGGUCAUGUCGAGGUCGUACAGAUGCUGUUGGAAAAGGGAGCGGAUGUCAAUGCUCAGGGUGGACGAUAUGGCAACGCUCUUCAGGCUGCUUCUCAAGGAGGGCAUAUCGAGGUCGUACAGAUACUGUUCGACAAGGGAGCAAGUGCCAAUGCUCAGGGUGGAGACUUCGGCAACGCUCUUUAG